UCGCUUGCAGUAUCAUUUUCGCUCCUGUAUAUAUAAAAAAUCUUUAGUAUAACCGCGUGUUUCUUGUAACACAUAAAAUAUAUACAAUAAAAUAACGAUAGCAGUUGUCCAUAAGUCAUGUGUUGUCUUAUGUUUUGGUCAUAUCUGAUUAUUAAGAAAGCAAACACAUCACAUAACGCGUGAGCAGCGUGUUUCUGCAGUGGAUCGCGGCGGAGCUCAGUCGGUGCGGCGGGAGGAACCGCAGGCGCGCGGCCAACUCUAUUUCCUGACAGACAGUCAUGACGCGAAACUGGGCUGUGUAGCAUUAGCCUACAGCUCCUAAUGCCGUCCUUUAGUUAGGGUUACAGUCUUUUCGUUUUGAUCAGACCAGUAACACCAAGCACUAUGAAUUUAUUACCAUCAAACCCUCACGGUAAUGGAUUACUGUAUGCUGGAUUUAACCAGGAUCACGGAUGUUUUGCUUGUGGAAUGGAAAAUGGAUUCAGGGUGUAUAACACAGACCCGCUCAAAGAGAAGGAAAAACAAGAGUUUCUGGAGGGAGGCGUUGGUCACGUGGAGAUGCUUUUUCGAUGCAAUUAUCUUGCGCUCGUGGGAGGCGGGAAAAAACCCAAGUACCCCCCCAAUAAAGUGAUGAUUUGGGAUGAUCUCAAGAAAAAGACUGUGAUAGAGAUCGAGUUUUCCACUGAGGUCAAAGCGGUGAAGCUUCGCCGUGACAGAAUUGUGGUGGUUCUGGAUUCCAUGAUUAAAGUCUUUACAUUUACCCAUAAUCCUCAUCAGCUGCACGUCUUUGAAACAUGCUAUAACCCCAAAGGUUUGUGUGUCUUGUGCCCAAACAGCAACAAUUCAUUGCUGGCGUUCCCAGCCACGCACUCCGGACACGUUCAGAUAGUCGAUCUGGCCAACACGGAGAAACCGCCGGUGGAUAUUCCUGCUCACGAGGGGGCGCUGUGCUGCGUGGCGCUCAACCUGCAGGGCACACGGAUCGCCACGGCGUCAGAAAAAGGGACCCUGAUCAGAAUAUUCGACACCUCAGCAGGUCAUCUCAUCCAGGAGCUGAGACGAGGCUCACAGACUGCCAAUAUAUACUGCAUCAACUUCAACCAGGACGCGUCGCUCAUCUGCGUUUCGAGCGAUCACGGCACAGUCCACAUAUUUGCUGCAGAGGAUCCCAAAAGGAACAAGCAGUCCAGCUUGGCAUCGGCCAGUUUUCUCCCCAAGUAUUUCAGCUCCAAAUGGAGUUUCUCCAAGUUCCAGGUCCCGUCCGGUUCGGCCUGCGUCUGUGCCUUUGGAACAGAACCCAACGCUGUCAUAGCCAUUUGUUCCGACGGCAGCUACUACAAGUUUCUGUUCAACCAGAAAGGCGAGUGUUCGAGGGACGUGUACGCGCAGUUCCUGGAAAUGACCGACGAGAAGAUCUGAGCGCAGACACUACUUCACUUUACCAGACUGCUUCUUUCUCGACAUCUCAAAGUUUCCAGGAUGUCAAAAGACUCCAGGGGCAUUCGGAGGCGACCGUGACGCAGAGACACACAGAAACUCUAAAUUCUCUCGACUCAAACCACAGAAGACGAGAGAUGACUGAAAAACUGUGAGCGCAGAAUUCGCUUUCUGUGGAGUGACGAGGGAAACCUUAUUUUUUUGAAAGGACAGCAUUUUUUAAAUGGUCUUCCAUGGGAUUUUUUAAGCGUUGAUGUCCUUGGCUAGGUAGCGAGAGCGAUUCUCUUUGUCCACUAACCUGAUCUAAUGUAAUUCAGGCGAGAGGUGGGUGUACAUGUACAUCAUUCACACUAUGUAUUUGUUAGUGUUAGAUAUUGUUUUUCUUGCUGUAAGAGCACCAGAUGAAAAUUACGUAACUACAUAUUCUAUAGACUAGUAUAACAAAACAGACAUUUUAUGGUGUAAAUGUGUGCUUCUCAUUUCAUGUAAUGCAGUAUUUUUCUUUGGCAAGGAUUCGUCGGCUUUAAGGAAACAAUAUUAUCUCAGUGUAAAAGUUUUACUUCAGUGACUGUGCUAUCACACGAGAGACGUGAAACGAGCACAACAUGAUCAUAUUUAGUCCACAUUUACACUCUCCAUUGUUUCAAAUAAAAUUUCUUCACAAACUAAUCGAGAAUAACUACAUUGCUACUUCAAUUAAGGUUAACGUAAGCAGUAGUUUGGAUGUAGACUGUAAACUCUUGAAACGCGGCUGCAGAUUGUAGUGUCGCAGUCGCCGAUCUCUUUUAAAGACUCGCGCACUCGAACCAGACGUGCCAGUCUGAUCACCUGAAGAACGUAGUGUUUUUUAGUUAGUUUCUGUCUUCAUUCUUAUAACUGUUCUUUGAAAUGUAUCUAUAAGCUAUUUUGUUACUCGUUUGAUGCUUUUGUCAUUGAUAACAUGCAAAUGAUAUGCAUAAUUUCAUGAAGAUGAUGAUGAUGCCCACAGAAUUCAGUAUCUUAUGACAAAUUAAAGAUGAUUGUAAAAAUAAA